GUUUGUGUGCGUGUGUGUUAUCCGCUUACAUUGGCUCUCAACGCAAAGCCCCUGUGAUCUUGCUUGCGCUGCUGCUUGCUCAUUCCCGAUGUGCCAACUGGAGAGAGAAGAGAAGCGACGUUAGUUGUUUGAACGUUAAGGGGAAAACGUUAGGAGAGCCAUGUCGAACCCAGGACAAAAAGUGGUGCUAAUCACCGGUUGCUCCUCCGGGAUCGGGCUGAGGAUGGCGGUGAUGCUCGCUAAGGACGAGAAACAGCGCUAUCACGUCAUUGCCACCAUGCGAGACCUGAAGCGUAAAGACAAGCUGGUGGAGGCAGCAGGUGAUGCGUAUGGGAAGAGCCUCUCUCUAGCUGUGUUGGACGUGUGUACGGACGAGUCAGUCAAACAGUGUAUCAACGGAAUCAAGGACAGACAUGUAGACGUACUCAUUAAUAAUGCAGGUAUAGGUCUGGUGGGACCGGUGGAAAGCAUCAGUAUAGCUGAGAUGAAGAGUGUGUUUGAGACCAACUUCUUCGGUGUGAUCCGGAUGAUCAAGGAGGUGAUGCCAGAUAUGAAGAAGAGGAGGGGAGGACACAUCAUAGUGGUCAGCAGUGUCAUGGGACUACAGGGUGUCGUGUUUAAUGACGUGUAUGCUGCCUCUAAGUUUGCCAUGGAAGGGUUUUGUGAGUGUCUGGCUGUACAGCUGCUCAAGUUUAACGUCACUAUGUCUAUGAUAGAGCCAGGCCCAGUCCAUACAGAGUUUGAAUCUAAGAUGAUUCAGGACGUCCGUCAGAAAGAAUUCCCUGGGGCCGAUGCCGAUACCGUCAACUACUUUAAAAACGUCUACCUGCCCUCCUCCGUCGACAUCUUUGAGACGCUCGGACAGACCCCCGAUGACAUUGCCAGGUGUACUAAGAAGGUGAUUGAGCAGGGCAGUUCUGCACGGUUCCGGAACCUUACCAACCCGCUGUACACGCCCAUCGUGGCACUGAAGUAUGCAGAUGAGACGGGCGGCCUGUCGGUGCACGCCUUCUACCAUAUGUUGUUCAACCUGGGGCCCCUGAUGCACGUUAGCAUGAAGGCUAUGCAGUACCUGACCUGUGGAUGUCUACGCUCCAGGACCGUCUCCCCUAACUAGACACGGACACACACACACACACACACACACACACACACACACACACACACACACACACA